AUGUCCACGCAUGAACUCACCACUCGAAUCCCUUUCCCCACCGCGCGUCAGGCGGAGAUCGUGCUGCGGAGCGUCAAUGCCGACCCCGAGCCGGUUGCCAGUGUCCUCAACCGAACGAUGGAAGUCCAGGAUAAUGUCCUCCUCAUCACAAUUCGGUCGGAGUCCCUUAAGACCAUCCGUUCCUGCAUGAGCUCCAUGCUGGAUAUGAUCCAACUCUCGAUCGAGACCCAGGCUCGGUUCUCGCUCUGA